CCUCGCUACCUUCCUUAGCUGGUUUCCCUGCGCGUCGCCAUGGACUUGAAGUCGAAGCCGAGCAUGGGCCGUGUGGGCCGGGCAUUGCAGAGCACGGUCAUCCUCGCCAUCAUGGCGUGUCUGGUGCUUCUCGUUACAUUUCCAGGACUGGAGCCCGAGAAUGCUAAGCAGCAGUCCUUGCAGUUGGCCCUGGCAGGAACACUGACGGCAUUCCUCAUCGCCGUCGCCUUCAUCCCCAAGGCCCGGCCGGCGGCACCACAGCCCUGGAUGCGUUAUACCAGCGCCGUAGUGGUCGUGCUGGUGACCGUGGCGGUGGCGACCUACCCGCUUCAUAUGUACCCCGUCACGGCCUGCGGAGACCUCUGGAGUACAACCAUCGAGGGCUACGCUUGCGGGCCUUCUUGGGAGUUCACAGGCGACCUGUUGACGCUUGCGCUGACCACCCCGGCGCUCGUCCUGGCGCUGCUGCAAUUCCGGAGCCCGUCCUCCUACGCCCGGAACAGCGUUUAUUGCAUCGCAGCCAAUUGGCUGCUGUGGGUGGUGUGGGCCCUGGAGGACAUGACUGACUGGUGCAACAAGGCGGUUCCCUCCCAUGAGGUGAAAGACGUGAACCAAUUCCUGGCCGCACUUGGGAAGUGCCUCACCUCGAUCCACCUCGUUUGGAUUGCUGUGAUGGUGCUCCGGCGCUCGCGCAGGAUGGACAAAGCCUCUGAGAUUCGGCACAUGGACUUGUGCGGCGGCAUCAGCCCCUGGUGGCUGGUGGCAGUCCUUGCCGUGGUUGCCACGUUCACUCAGCUCGCGCGGUACGUUCACAUCUAUUUGUAUGCGUCAGACAUGUGGGCGACAAUGAGCGGAUUGGCUGCGGUCUUGCUGCUUCCGGUGUGGGUCUAUUUUGCCUACCUGCACGCCCGCGCGUUCCAGGCCUAUCGGCAGCUGCUGACAGAGAAGGACCUCUCGGGCCCGCUGCUGGCGCAGGUGAGGUGGGCGCAGCAGGUCUUGCGCAUGGAGCUUGGUGCUGGGCUGGUUCUGGCCAUUCUCACGGGCGCGCAUUGGGCACUCACAGGCAUUGUGGGGCUGUGUGGCGUGGAGAAGUACAGCCAGGCCUACUACUGGCUGCUCCACGCCCUGAAGCGGGGCACCGGGGUGGCGGACGCCUGGGGCUUGCUGGUGCUCAGCGGCCUGCUGCAGGCGUGCCUCGGAUCUCAGAUCUCAGCUUCAAGCCUGUCAGCCGGUCAGCCAUCCGGCCAGCCGGUCAGCAGGCGGCUUGGAUCCCGUCCGAGGCGGGGCGGUGGGGCGCUGAAGCCCCGGGCGCCCACGUGCUUGCCCCCGGCGGAGCCGGAGGCAGCCUGGCAGGCCAAGGUGGAGGAGUUGGCGAACCGAGGCAUCUACCUCAGCGACCUCCUGGACUUCUACCAGACGCUGCUGGAGGGACAGGCGAUGCGGGGCUUCAACGUGAUGCGCUCCACCACUUCGGACGUGGCAAGGGAGGCGGUGAUCCCACUGUCUCGGGGGGCCAAGGACCAGGAAGGCCAAGCUUUGGCGAGCGUGUGGAACAAGCAGCAGCCAGUCCUGGCUGAGCGCAUGGUGACGCACAACUGGGGCAACCGCUUCUCGCACCUGGUGGCAGCCAUCGUGGCCGAUGCCAUGGGCUGCGCCUGCUAUGCGGACGUCCUGGAUAGCUUGCGGACGGUAAAUGAUGUAGUCGUAAUGAGGGAAAAGCUGAACAAGACUGGAGCACUGCGCAUUACCUACUGGGUGUGUGUCUUCUGCGUGAACCAGCACGCCAGCAUCUGCGCGGGCUUCGGGCCGUGCCCAUCUGCCGAACCUGCCUGGGCAGCAUGGGAUUCCAAGAGGCGGAACUCGGUCACCGGAGAAGUCUACCCCUUGUGCAGCUGCAGUACGCGGAAGUACUUCAAUGACGAAGCCGCCCUCACCGAAUUGAACAAGUUCGAUGACCUGAUGAGGUUUCUGGCGAGCCAGCUCCCUGUCUUCGUCCACGUCACCGUCGCGGACGAACACUUUGAAGUCUUCAAGCGCGCCUGGUGCGUAGCUGAGAUUGUGGAAGGCAGUGCCCUGAACAUCAGGCAACGCAUUGUGGUGCCUUCCUCCACGUGCCUGGACGAGCAUUAUGGCACUUUGAAGAACUUGGACAUCCGCAAUUGCGAGGCCUCCAGGGUGGAAGACAAGGAGCAGAUCCUCUCCAGGAUUGAUGACGUUGCAGGGUUCAAUGAAUACCUGGGCUGGCUCAUCUUCGAUGUGGAUGGCAUUUUCAGCGGAUUCUUGGAUGGAGAGGCUCGCUUGGCGAUGGUGGGCCGCCUUUCUCUCCGCAUGAAAGCAUUCUGGGAGGGCUGACUUGCAGGUAACAGAAAUAAUUCUGACAAAUUAAGACAGCUAGCACGCUGGCGUUUCGGCACAACCAUAGCUGCCGGAACGGCGGCUCACUUCACAGAGUAUAGCAGAGGCGAGCCUCUGAGCUUGCAAAGAGUGCCGCCAAGGAGCGGUCCGAUUUUGGGCCGAGUUUUGGCCGAUUUUGGCGGGGCGACAGCCCCGCCUUUCAAUUCACUGUAAAGACUGCAGAUGUUUGUGCAUAGGGCCAUGGCCGAUCUCUGUUGCUUCUUUAAGCAUUUGACAGUUC